CGGCGGGAGGGGCGCGGAUGGAGGCGGGGCCGCGCCAUGUUGCGGUGGCUCGUGGCGGUGCUCAGCCACUCCUGCUUUGUCUCCAAGGGCGGCAACAUGUUCUACGCGGUGCGCAAGGGCCGGCGGCUGGGCGUCUACCGCACCUGGGCGGAGUGUCAGGAGCAGGUGAACAAGUUUCCCUCCGCCAGCUUCAAGAAGUUCGCCACCGAGAAGGACGCCUGGGCCUUCGUGCGCGCCGGGCACCCGGGACAGCAGCAGCAGCAGCAGCCCGAGCCGGCAGGGGCACAUGGUCUUGCAGCUGUAACACAGGAAAAUAGUAGCCUGAGCGAGGAACCAGAAAUAAACAUCUUGAGUUGCAGUACAUGCAAAAGACCGUAUGAACAGUCUACAAGUGAAGAACACAUUGCAAAGCGUGUAAAACAUGAUGAGGUAUACUCAGUGCCAACAGUCAGUGAAGAUAAGUUUUCGUAUAUGGGUGACUUUGCAGUUGUUUAUACAGAUGGUUGUUGCUCAGGUAAUGGACGUAAUAGAGCAAAGGCUGGAAUAGGUGUCUACUGGGGACCAGGCCACCCUUUAAAUACCAGUGAAAGACUUCCUGGACGGCAGACUAAUCAAAGAGCUGAAAUACAUGCAGCCUGCAAAGCAAUUGAACAAGCAAAGAGUCAAAACAUCAAGAAACUGAUUAUCUACACCGAUAGCAAGUUCACUAUUAAUGGUAUUACAAGCUGGGUUGACAACUGGAAAACAAAUGGCUGGAGAACAAGUUCAGGAGGAAGUGUAAUAAAUAAAGAAGAUUUUGAAAGACUUGAUAAUCUAUCAAAAGGCAUAGAAAUUCAGUGGAUGCAUGUUCCUGGUCAUGCUGGCUUCCAGGGAAAUGAAGAAGCUGAUAGACUGGCAAGAGAAGGAGCUAGUAAACAGAUGUCCUGACAUACUGGGACUAGAGACUGUUGAAGUGGGAGGAAAAGGAGUAACAUCACAGUGACAACUCAAACUGCUGUAAUUGUUUUGGAGUUGAACUUUGAACUGUACUUCUUUCUGGCUUGAAGUGUUAAAUAUAUACCAACUUCUGGGGGAAAAAAAAAAACAACAAUGCAUUUUCUUCUAUAGCAUUUGUUUUACAGUCGAGUCAGUAUUCAGUUGACUGCUUUGCUUUCUCUCCAUCUGACUGAAGAGCUGCCAUCACUGUUUUUAGCUGUCUUGUAGACUUCUGAAUUCACUGUAAAGACAGACUUCUGAAGAAGUAAUACUAAAUCUUCAUCCCAAGUGUUCUGUAUUUUCUCUUAGUGAAAUAAAUUAUUAUUUUUUUUUA